AACACCUCGGCAGCCCUCCGAUUCCAUCUCAAACUUUUGACCAGCAACAACCCCAAAGUCGAAUUGAAAGCGCCCCCCACGCACGCCCAGGAUGAUAUGUCGAACCUGUCUGCGCAGCGCCUCGCGCGCCCAAAUAACCUCCUCCACACGCCCGCACCCCAUGCGCUUCCUCACCACCACAACCCCCCUCCGCAACGCAACACCCAUAUCCGCCAGCACCGCAACGCAAUCCGCCGGCCGUCAAGGCGACUCGACUUCCUCGCACACCCCGCCAACCGCGACUUCCACAUCCGCCGCCCAGCCCUUCAGCGAGCCGUUAACACCAGCCGCGAGUCCGGAUUUGAAAGCCACGGCAGCGGAAGCCGCGAAGAAGAAGGCUGCCCCGCUGGUGAAAAGCAGUAUACCAGCUGGACAACCACUGAAGGGGUUGAAUUUCCUGAAAGACAGGCAGGAUCCCGUUGCGUUGGCUGACGACGAGUAUCCGAGUUGGCUGUGGACGAUAUUGGAUCGGCAGGAGAAGAAGGCGGAUGCUGGGGCGGGAGAUUUGUUCUCGAAAUCAAAGAAACAACGUCGUCUAGCCGCAAAACGCCUCCGCAAGGAACAAGCCAUGAACCCGGAGAUGCUGGUACCCAAAGUACCGCUAUACGAACAGACGAUUGAUUUACCGGCUGGAGACGGUAGUUUGCAGGGGGCGGUCAAGGCACAGGAUGCAAGAGAGGAGUUGACAAAGGCGAUGAGGAAUAAGCGUAGGGCGGGGAUUAAGGAGGCUAACUUCUUGAAGGCUAUGGGUUAGAUUGUGGAAGAGCUUUUCUGCUGGUGGUGUGAAAUAUGGGAGCUGCACGACUAUCACGACAUGUAUAAACAUCUGUGGGGUUAGAGAUAUGUACCAUGUAGAGUGGACAUGUUGACUGGGGCGAAGCACACGCUUGGCUUG